AUGCUGUCUACACAAAGGGCCGCGGCCCGAUCCAUAGCCCGGGCGCCGGCCCGGCUGCUCCUCUCCCGUCCUCGAAUCCUCUCGUCCUCGUCUCCGUCUUCCUGCUGCUGCCGCCAUGCCAGGCUGAGCACGUCUCGCCCCUUGCGAAGUACCCAAGCCUCCCCCUCGCAGCUGCUUCAGAGCACGAGCCUCGCCUCCAACCUCGGCGCCGUGUCCGAGAACCCGCAGACACUCACGGAAAAGAUUGUCCAGCGGUACUCAGUCGGCCUCGCACCCGGCAAAAAGGUCAAGGCCGGCGACUACGUGACGCUCGCGCCUCACCACUGCAUGUCGCAUGAUAACUCUUGGCCCAUCGCCCGCAAGUUCAUGUCAAUUGGAGCCUCGAGCAUCCACGACAACCGCCAGGUCGUCAUGACGCUCGACCACGACGUCCAGAACCGCAGCGAGGCCAAUCUCAAAAAGUACAGGCAGAUUGAGGAAUUUGCCGCUACCCACGGCGUGGACUUCUACCCGGCCGGCCGCGGCAUCGGCCACCAGAUCAUGAUUGAGGAGGGCUACGCCUGGCCUGGCACCGUCACCGUCGCCUCCGACAGCCAUACUAACAUGUAUGGCGGCGUCGGUUGCCUCGGCACCCCCGUGGUCCGCACCGACGCCGCCAGCAUCUGGGCCACCGGCCGCACCUGGUGGCAGAUCCCCCCCAUCGCCAAGGUCACCCUCACCGGCGUUAUGCCCCCCGGCGUCACCGGCAAGGACGUCAUCGUCGCUCUGUGCGGCCUCUUUAACAAUGAUGAAGUCCUCAACCACGCCAUCGAGUUUGCCGGCUCUGACGAGACCAUGCGCUCCAUCUCCGUCGACAACCGCCUGACAAUGGCCAACAUGACGACUGAAUGGGGGGCUCUCACCGGUCUCUUCCCCAUAGACUCGGUCCUGACCUCGUGGCUGCGCGCAAAGGCCACCGCCUCGGCCAUGCUCAACCCGGACCUCGGCGCCAAGGGUCGCUUCAACCACCAACGCCUCGAUGAUCUGCUCCAGAACCGCCUCAGCGCCGACCCCGGAGCCACCUAUGCCAAGUCCCUCUACCUCAACCUCGCGACCCUCUCCCCCUUUGUGUCCGGCCCCAACUCGGUCAAGGUCGCGACCCCGCUGCGUGACCUCGAGGCCCAGCGGAUUCCCCUCAACAAGGCAUACCUUGUCUCGUGCACAAACUCUCGCUCCUCCGAUAUUGCCGCCGCCGCCCGUGUCUUCCGCGAGGCGGCCAAGGACGGGCCGAUCCCCAAGAUUGCCCCCGGCGUCGACUUUUACAUCGCUGCCGCCUCUAUCCCCGAGCAGCAGAUUGCCGAGGAGGCCGGCGACUGGCAGGUGCUCCUCGACGCCGGCGCCCAACCGCUCCCUGCCGGCUGCGGCCCGUGCAUCGGCCUCGGUGCCGGUCUACUCGAGCCUGGCGAGGUAGGCAUCAGCGCCAGCAACCGGAACUUCAAGGGCCGAAUGGGCUCGACGGAUGCCAAGGCGUACCUGGCCAGCCCCGAAGUGGUGGGGGCUAGCGCUCUCAAAGGCUACAUUGGCGGUCCUGACUGGUACCAGAAGCCCGACGGCGUGGAAAAGGUCAUUAUUGGCGAGGGCAGCGGCGACGUCGCAGCCGACACGGCUGCCAGCGUGGGCGAUGCCUUGGACAAGAUCAUUGCCGAGGCCGAGAGCAUGAUAGCCGGAGCGGAAAAGGACCUGGGUGGUGAAACUGCCACCACCGAAGCCACUGAGCAGGCACUGGAGACACUGACGGACAUCCUGCCUGGCUUUCCCGAGAAGAUCGAGGGCGAGAUCGUCUUUUGCGACGCCGACAACGUUAACACGGACGGAAUCUACCCCGGAAAGUACACGUACCAGGACAACGUGUCGACAGAAAAAAUGGCCGAAGUGUGCAUGGAAAAUUACGACCCGGCGUUUGCCACCAUCGCGCGGCCCCGUGAUAUAUUAGUGAGUGGUUUCAACUUUGGUUGUGGCUCCUCGCGGGAGCAGAGCGCCUCAUCCAUCCUGGCCAAGAAGAUCCCCCUUGUCGUCGCCGGCAGCUUCGGCAACAUCUUUAGCCGCAACAGCAUCAACAACGCCCUCAUGGGCGUCGAAGUACCCCGCCUGGUCCGCCGCCUGCGAGAGGUUUUUGCCUCCAGCGGCCAAGUCGCCACCCGCCGCACGGGAUGGACGCUCGUCUGGGACGUCCGCCGCAGCAAGGUCGUCGUCACCGAGGGCCCGGGUGGCCAGACGUGGAGCCAGAGCGUCGGCGAGCUGCCCCCCAAUGUGCAGGAGAUAAUCGCCAGAGGGGGGCUGGAGAAGUGGGUCAAGGCUGAGAUUGUCAAGUAG